UCCAUGAAUAACAGAAAAGUCGUGAUGAAAGAAAAAGACUUCCAAUUACUCUUUUUAUGCAACUCUCCGGUUCCAUAGGUAGCUGCCAUCGAUCGAAAGAGAUGCAUCUGAAGAAGGCGUUGUGGAGCGAGGGGCUGUUGAAUGAGGGCAGCGGCGGCGACGAUGUGUCGAUAAACACGGAGAAAGCAUCAGAAUCGUCAACAUCAUCGUCGUCGACGGCGGUGGAGGAGCUGGUGAAGUCGCUGAGCAAGGAGAGGGUAUAUAGUGAGGUGACUCUCGCACUCAGAAGCGGCCUCCGAGACGCCCGUGCCGAGUUCUCCUUCCUCCGCGUCCGUGGCCUUCGGUCCCUCCUAAAGUCCCUCCGAUCCCUCGCCCACUGCGAUUCCUCCAUCCGCCUCUUCUCCCACUCCCAGUCCAUCCCUGACCUUCAAGUGGUUCCGGUUCUGUUUCAGCAUUCACUGAAAGAGUCGUCCGAGAACGAAAGCCUUGUUGAGAGCUUGGAUCACAUAUUCAGCGUCGACCCUAUGAGGAUAACCAGUCCUUCUACGGAUGCCGAGGUCGCCCUGGCGCUUCGUGUUCUGGAAGGUUGCUGUCUUCUCCACCGUGAGAGCACGGUUUUAGCCCAUCGGCACAAGGCAGUUCCGGUUUUGAUGAAUAUAUUAUCAACCAGAGGAGUCCUUGAGCAAGGUGCUUGUUUAGAUGCUCUGAUCUCAAUAAUGCUGGACUCAUCAGCCAAUCAGAUGGAAUUUGAGCAUUGUAAUGGCAUUGAGGAAGUUGCAGAGCUCAUUACAGAUAAGCAAGUGGAUGAAAAUCUUCGAUUGAAGUGUGGAGAGUUCUUGUUGUUACUCAUUGGGCAUAUAAAUGGGAGAGAACGGUCUACUAUGGCAUCAAUAAACGAAGAUAUAAGGCGCCUUCUGGGUGAGAAGUCUGCCUCAUUGAUAUGGGCCGCCAGUCAAUUUGGAUCAACCCUUGAUCCUGAGCAAAGAUUGACUGCUUUACACAUCCAAGCUCGAAGGGUUCUCGAAUCAUUGGAUCUGUACUGAGCCUUUAAGUUUGAAUUGUUCUUGCUGGUGUUUGCUGAAAAUUGUCACUUGUUCAUGAAUGGCAGGAGCUUUGUUUAUGUUGGGGAGGAAUGUUCCAAACAUUGGGGCUGCAGAUACAAAUUAGUGGUCUCCUGCAUUUUGCACUUCUGCGGUGCGGUUCUUUUCACAUUGUCGGUUUUGUUUUUUCUUUUAACGAAGCAAAAUUUUAUUAAA